GAGAAGAUCUCAUGGCGCAAGUUGUGGCGAAAGGCGCGAUGCCGAAGAUACACAACGGCCGCUGACGGUUCUUGGUGUCUUAUUGGUUGAUUGCAAGAGCCUGUUGUGAGAGGAAUCUGAGUGCUGCGCCGUCGGUGCUGGUGGGAAGGAGGAGGUCAUGAAUUUCGUGACAUCACAAUGCACGCGGCGGAGUCCGUUGCGCGCGUGUGCGCGGUGGGUGUCGACUACUGCCGAGGUGGAUGAGUUGGUGAGUGAACACACCCACACAUCCAGAGAGAACACCCAUCGAUGACACAUGCUCUGUGUGUGUGUGUGCAGGUGACGCCUCACCCGCGGUAUCUGCCAGACAUCGAGUACACCCAGCCGAAGUACAGGGUAGGUAAUGUGGGCUGAAAAAGAUGGAUCGGCGUAUGGGUGAAUGUCAUGUGUGUGUGAGUGUGUGCAGGGUCCGUCAAAGGAGGAGAUCCUGUCGCUGCGGCAGACGCACCACGGGCAUGUCUUCCACUACUACCGGCACGCCACACACAUACACAUACACACACGCCCAACACACACGCACGUGACAAACACACACGCACGCAUAUGUGUGUGUGUGUGUGUGUGUGUGUCUGGCCACCUACUUGCAGGAUGCCGGUGAUGAUAACGGACGGGCACAUGCAGUACUUGUUUGACGAAGAGAGGAGGAGAUACCUCGGUGGGCGGGAGGAAUGGGUGGGUGGAUACAUACAGGCUGACAGACAGGGAGGGCGGGAUGUGUGGGCGUGCAUCUGGUGCAGAUCUGUUUGGCGGCAUCGUCACUGUGUCUGUGGUACGUCUGCGUCAGUCAAAUGUGCAUCAGAUUUACUUUGUGAUAUUACACCAUAUACACCAUUGCCGUGUGUGUGUGUGUGUCCUAUAUAUGGUUAGGGUCACUGUCACCCCGAGAUCGUCAAGGCUGGCGAGUCGCAGAUGCGGAAGCUCAUGCACACCACACACGUGUACCUCAACCCUGAGAUGGUCAGACACGACACGCAGCCAUGCAGUCGAUUCGACAUUUUGCGGGGGUGAAUACAGGCCCUGUAUGCCAAGGAGCUCACGGACAAGUUCCCCGGACACCUAAAGGUACACGCACACACCCGACACACCCGACACUUUCUCUCUCUCUCUCUCUCUCUGUGUGUGUGUGUGUGUGUGUGUGUGUGUGUGCAUGUCUGUGUAGUCUGCCUUCUUCGUCAACUCGGGGUCAGAGGCCAACGAGCUUGCCAUACUGCUGGCGCGUGUGUACACAGGUACGUUCACAGGCGGCAUGCACUGCGUCCGUCUGCGCACACACAUCGAACCAUCGUGUGUGUGUGUGUGUGUGCAGGCAACUAUGACAUGAUCGCCUUGCGCAACUCCUACCACGGCGCGAGCUACCUGGUGGGUGACUUACUUGCACACACCACACAGACAGACAGACAGAGAGAGGGAGAGGCGGGAGAGGGGGAGACACACAAAUGGUGUAGGUGUGUGUGUGUGCAGACGAUGGGAGCCGGUGGGAUGCACACGUGGAAGUACAACCUCCCCAUGGGCUUCGGCUUCCAUCACGCCGCUAAUCCCAACAUUUACAGGCAACACAUGACUCAUAAACACACACACACACACAGACAGACAGACAGACAGACAGAGAGAGAGAGAGAGGGGCGAGUGGGCGAAAGGCGCGUGUCCGUGUGGUACGCCUGUGUGUGGUGUAGGUCCGUGGUGCCGAAGCGUGAAGCGGCCGACUUCUAUGCGGCUGAUGUCAUGGACAUCAUCAAAGGCGCCACACCCGGACGGCUCGCGGGAUACAUUCACGAGACCAUUCAGGUAGGUCAGGUGGAGGCGACAGACAAGAGCACAAAAGGGCCAGCCACAGACGCAGCAGCCAGCUUCUCUCUCUCCGUGUGUCUGUCUGUGUGCUGUGCCUGUCUGUGUGGAUGUGUGUCAUUCAUCAGGGUGUGGGUGGUGCGGUGAUGUACCCCGACGGCUACCUCAAGAUGGUCUACGAGAUGGUCAGAGAACACGGCGGACUCUGCAUCGCCGACGAGGUUCAGGUGAGGACACAUGGAUGCGCACCCACCCACCCACCCAGAAACACACAUACAGAGACAGAGAGAGAGGGAUGUGAUGUGUCCGUGUGUUUGUGUGAGUAUUGUAGACGGGAUUCGGCCGCACCGGGACGCACUACUGGGGUUUCGAGACGCAGGGCGUCACUCCUGAUAUCGUCACCAUGGCCAAAGGUGGGGCACAGAUUGACGGAUGCACACACAGACUAAACAGAUGCAUCGGUGCGCAUCUCUCUCUCUCUCUCUCUCUGUAUUUGUGUGUGUGUGUCUCCAGGGAUCGGCAACGGCUUCCCCUUGGGUGCGGUCGUGACGACGCCCGAGAUCAUGGAGGCUGUCAGCAGAAAGUUAUUCUUCAACACGUUCGGCGGUAAUCCGGUCGCUUCGGCGAUUGGCCGUGCAGUGCUGCGCGUGAUCGACGACGAGAACCUGCAGGUCAGUAAACACAUUCACACAGACGAUGGGCAUCCGCACACCCGCUUAUGUGUGCAGGCGCACUCGGCCAACGUGGGCACGUUCCUCAAGACCCAGCUGACGAAGCUGAAGGAGAAAUAUGAGAUCAUCGGCGACGUCAGGUGAUCUGACGCACAACAGAGGCACAACACACUCAGAGCUAUCUCUGAUACACGACUCACUGUUUGUGUGUGUGUGUGUGUAUCUCCAGGGGUCGUGGUCUGAUGGUGGGCAUCGAGUUCGUCAAAGACAGAGAGACGAAGGAGCCUGCCAAAACGGUACACAUGCACACCACAUCCAGACAGGGAGCGAUGCAUCGGUGUAUAUGCUUCGACAGGAGACGAUGGAGCUUCACGAGAUGCUCAAGAACCGGGGCGUGCUGGUGGGCAAGGGCGGACUGUACGGCAACGUCUUCAGGUAAUUACGCGGGCAGCCACAUAUAACAUACAACUCACACAUCAUCUCUCUCUCUCUCUCUCUCUCACUCUCUGUGUGUGUGUGUGGGUAAUAGGAUCAAGCCCCCGAUGUGCGUGACUGUAGAGGACAUGGAAUACUUCGUGUACCACCUGGAGCAGGCCAUUCGACAGCUCACCGGACUGUCGGUCACCGGACUGUGAUCGGUGUGAUUGGUGUGAUGACCUACCGACCUUGGGCUGGGCGCUGUGUAUGAUAGCGGGUGUGUUGAAUUGAGAGGAUUUGUCUGUUCAUUGGUGUGGGAGGGUGUGGCAGACGUGCCUGUCUCCGUGAAUGACUUGCCCCACCAUGGGGUGACCGUCCGAGAUAUGGGGCAACGUCAAAUGACAAAUCCAUCACGGAUACCUGGUAUACUUCGCACAAGCGAGAAGUUAAGACAGACAAGUAAGAAAGAUCGACACUCUUAUCAAUC